AUGAAUCCGAAAGCUAACCGUGAGAAGAUGACUCAAAUCAUGUUCGAGACGUUCAACACUCCGGCCAUGUAUGUGGCUAUUCAAGCCGUGUUGUCUUUGUAUGCCUCGGGUCGUACAACUGGUAUUGUGUUGGAUUCCGGAGAUGGUGUGAGUCACACUGUACCAAUCUACGAGGGUUACGCUUUGCCACAUGCUAUUCAACGUUUGGAUUUAGCUGGUCGUGAUUUGACUGACUACCUGAUGAAGCUAAUGACAGAGCGUGGCCACUCGUUCACGACCACCGCUGAGCGAGAAAUCGUUCGAGAUAUCAAGGAGAAAUUGUGUUAUAUGGCGUUAGAUUUUGACCAUGAGAUGACCACAGCUGCUCAGACAUCCUCCCUGGAGAAGAGCUAUGAGUUACCUGAUGGUCAAGUGAUCACUAUUGGAAACGAGCGAUUCCGUUGUCCCGAGGCCAUGCUUCAGCCCAGUUUUCUCGGCAUGGAAUGUGCUGGAGUUCACGAAACCACUUACACCUCCAUCAUGAAAUGUGAUGUGGAUAUCCGUAAGGAUUUAUACGCGAAUAUUGUGUUAUCCGGUGGUUCAACCAUGUUUCCCGGAAUUUCUGAUCGUAUGCAGAAAGAGAUCACCAUUUUGGCUCCGAGCACCAUGAAAAUUAAGAUUAUCGCGCCGCCGGAACGUAAAUAUUCCGUCUGGAUAGGCGGUUCCAUCCUGGCAUCCUUGUCCACAUUUCAUCAGAUGUGGAUUACCAAGCAUGAGUACGAUGAAUCGGGACCGGGUGUUGUACAUCGAAAAUGCUUCUAG